AUGAAGGAAGAAUUGGAGUUGCCGGUCUUGCAUGAAGCGGCUGUACAGGCAUCUCCUAGCUGCGAGGAAUGUGCUGUGCAGAUCAGCGAGGCGAUGCAAACUUGCGCUGUGCAGACAGAGGUGAUCGUGCUAGAGUGCGCUUCACAGACGGAGGUGAUACCGGGGCAAGAAUGUGCGUCGCAGACGGAGACACAGGUCUUGUCACGAGAUUGUGAAGCACAGACGGAGGCACAGGCAGAGGUUGACACUGUUUCAACCGAGAUGCAGACUGUGGCAGAGGAUCUAGAGGUGCGGAGCAUGCUGCGCACCAGCUCGACACAGACGGAGCGUCCAAUGGAGCGUUCAGAGUGCUCCGUGCAGGCCACAGUUGCCAGCGCUUGCAGCUCUGUGAGCGCUGCAAGGAGUUCAGUGGCAACGCAGGUAGAGCGGAAAGUGAGAGAUGAAAGCAUCCAAGUGGAGGACUCCACAGCUGCUGAGGUGGUUCAGCGGCUCAAAGAUUUGGAGGCUUCUACUGCCAGCGAAGCUGCUGUAAGAGCCAAAGAGCUCGAGGCCUGGCAAGAGAUGGCGACAUCAAAGGCAAUGAACCGCUUGAAUGUAACGAUCCUUUGCCCUCGCGCAGAAUGCACAGUGAAUGGGUCGAAGGUAGAGAUGGAUAGCUGGAACUCGGCGCGGCUUCGGGAGGACUUUGAGGUUCAGGUCUUGCCCCGCUUUAUGAGAAUCAUCAUGGGCGAGGGUGAAGCCACGUCGCCAACAGAGCUGGUGCAAAGCAUGAUGGAGGAGCUUGGAAGCAUUUUCAAGGAACGCUUAGCAGCUCUUCUAUCUGCGCCCAACGCAGCUGCCGCCAUGGCUGCGGCCAGAGGGCGCACCGAAACUUCGCCAACGUGA